GGCCAAACCUCGUAACUUCAGUAAAUGACGCUUUCUACGCCACCUGUCAUAGUGUUACAUUGGCUGCGUGUGUGUUAAAACAGCAUCUCCUGUGUCAUUGCAGUGAACCAGUGAAGGCACCACUGAAACAAAGUGUUGUCCAGGGUGAGCCGCUAUGGGGAAAGAAAAGCUCCACAUAAACAUUGUGGUGAUAGGACACGUCGACUCAGGGAAAUCCACCACCACCGGCCACCUCAUCUACAAGUGUGGGGGCAUUGACAAGAGAACAAUCGAGAAGUUUGAGAAGGAAGCUGCGGAGAUGGGAAAGGGCUCCUUCAAAUACGCCUGGGUCCUGGACAAGCUGAAGGCAGAGCGUGAGCGGGGCAUCACCAUUGACAUCUCUCUUUGGAAGUUUGAGACCAGCAAGUACUACGUCACCAUCAUUGAUGCUCCAGGGCACAGGGACUUCAUCAAGAACAUGAUCACUGGGACCUCUCAGGCCGACUGCGCUGUGCUGAUCGUGGCUGCAGGCGUUGGCGAGUUUGAAGCUGGCAUCUCAAAGAACGGGCAGACUCGUGAACAUGCCCUCCUCGCAUACACCCUGGGAGUGAAGCAGCUCAUUGUGGGCAUCAACAAGAUGGAUUCCACGGAGCCCAACUACAGCCAGAAGCGCUACGAGGAGAUUGUGAAGGAAGUCAGUACUUACAUCAAGAAGAUUGGCUACAACCCUGCCACGGUGCCCUUUGUGCCCAUCUCUGGCUGGAACGGAGACAACAUGCUGGAACCCAGCCCCAAUAUGCCCUGGUUCAAGGGCUGGAAGAUCAACCGUAAAGAUGGCAAUGCCUCCGGUACGACACUGCUUGAGGCUCUGGAUGCCAUCCAUCCGCCCACGCGCCCCACUGACAAGCCCCUCCGCCUGCCUCUGCAGGAUGUCUAUAAGAUCGGAGGCAUUGGGACCGUGCCAGUGGGCCGAGUAGAGACUGGCGUGCUAAAACCGGCCAUGGUGGUGACCUUUGCCCCUGUCAAUGUGACGACUGAGGUCAAAUCCGUGGAAAUGCACCACGAGGCCCUCGACGAGGCGCUGCCUGGCGACAACGUGGGCUUCAACGUCAAGAACGUGUCCGUCAAGGAUAUUCGCCGUGGCAACGUGGCCGGAGACAGCAGGAACGACCCACCGCAGGAGGCAGCCAGCUUCACGUCUCAGGUGAUUAUCCUGAACCACCCCGGUCAGAUCAGUGCUGGCUACGCUCCCGUGCUGGACUGCCACACUGCACACAUUGCAUGUAAAUUUGCGGAACUCAAGGAAAAGAUCGACCGUCGGUCCGGUAAGAAGCUCGAAGACAAUCCCAAGGCUCUGAAGUCUGGAGAUGCAGCCAUUGUUGACAUGCUCCCGGGCAAGCCCAUGUGUGUGGAGAGCUUCGCUGAGUACCCACCACUGGGGAGGUUUGCGGUCCGUGACAUGCGUCAGACGGUGGCGGUGGGAGUGAUCAAAGGUGUGGAAAAGAAAGCCAUCGGCAGCGGUAAAAUCACCAAGUCCGCGCAGAAGGCGCAGAAGGUCAAAUGAAUGUUGUUCUGGGCCCGUCGUGGACGUAGACCCUCAGGCACCCCCCUGCACCUCGUGCACUCAAUAGUCAGCGUCUGGUCUAUUAUCACAAUGCAUCGCAAAAGCAGAAGAAGGAAAAAAAAAAGGACUACAAAGCCUGUUAAGUGAUUAACACGUUACAACACUGUUAGUUAUUCUGUGUCCCUGACUUUGUGGAAGAACAUAACAUUUUUGCAUUAAAGCUGUCUAAAGUGUGUGCUUUUGUAGUAAAAGAUAAGCUGCUCAUCUAUCACUGCAAAACAUCAGUAAUAAUCACGAGUCAGAGUUAGAUGAAUGUUUCCUGUUCAACCAACAAGCUUCAGAUACUGUCCGAUUCCUGGAUUCUUAAUCCUUUGUGCAGUAGCUCUGUUGAAUGUAACUGUUGUUUUAGUUCAUGCACUUUAAUAAUUGUUAAUUGUUUAAACAGAACGUCUUUGUUGCUGGUAUUGUUGCUACGUCUGUAGAACCUCUCACUUUCAGUGAAUGAUGAGAACGCAAAUGACAGACUCGUCAUAGAAUUUCCUUUAUUGUUGAAUGAGAAUAAAAGU